AUGGCGCCGCUCGCCGGAGCCGCCGUGGCCUCCUGCAUGAUCCUGCUCCUCCUGCUCGUCCCCUGCGCCCAGGGACAGGGGCAACCACCCGAGGCGUCGGAGGAAGCUUGGGCCGAGGGGCAACCACCGGAGGCGUCGGAAGACGCUCUGACGACGCUCUUAUCCGAGGGCGGGUGCGGCGCCUUCGCCGCCCUCGUCGCCGCGACGGCCGGAGUGGGCGACGCGUUCCGCGAGCAGAUCGCCGGCGACCUGGGGCUCACGCUCCUCUGCCCUGAUGACGAUGCGGUGCGGGCGUUCAUCCCGAGGUUCCAUAGCCUCACCGUCGAGGAGCAGGUCGCGGCCCUCCUGUACCACGGCCUGACGAUGGCCUACUCCGAGGAGCAGCUCAGCUGGGUCCACUGGAAGGUGUCGACGCUUGAUGGGGAGCAGAUGCUCACCGUCUGUCACCACAGAGGCAGGGUGAUACUUUCUUCGUGGCCGCCGUCGUCACGAAACGAGGCCCGGAUCACCAAGACUGUCGUCGGCGACGACCAUCUCGCCGUGUACCUCAUCGACGCCGUGCUGAUUCCGGCAGAUCCCAAGCCUCAAAUGUCGUUCUGGGGCGUUUUGGCAGUUAUCGUCGUCCUUCUAGUACUUCUUGUCGUCGGGAUCGCGGCGAUAGUCCUGCUGUGUCAUGCACUUGUAUAUCUUUGUUCUCUUCUGCCCCGGCUGGGAAGAUGGUGUAAGGGUCGUGUUGCUGCCUACGCUUCGGCCGCCCGUGUCACUCCACAUGCGCAAGGGCAACAAGAACACUAG